AUGCUACGCAUUUUCGGAGGGCUACUCAAGCAGCAAUUUCAAAACGUUUGUGAACAGCAGGAUUCAUCCAAAAUUGAAGUUAAAAUCAUGACAAAAGUAGAAAUAAGAAAAUUGACCAACUACCAGCAAGACGAAGAAGAUGAGGAGUGUGGCAUAAAAAAUGCUAGUAUGGAAACACUUUUGGCUGCCUUUAAAGAUCUAAGAAAAGUGUUAUACCAACGCCAAGCACCAGAUAAAAUAUCACUAGUCUAUAUGAGGAAUUAUAUGAGGCUUUUGGGUAUUUUACCACGUACUUGGAGAGGUGAAUCCUUGAGUUAUAGAAUCAUUAAUAAAUUUAUUAUGACAUUGUUGGCCUCAUUUGCUGUGAGUAUAACUUUCGAUCUAUAUGAUGCCUCUCAAGAUAUUUUGCAAUUUGGUGAAGAUUUGGUGGUUUUAAUAGGGAUUUAUUUAAUUUUCUUUAAAGUAAUCUUAACCGCUUACCAUGCCAAAGAUAUUGAGUAUAUAGUGCGUGAAUUUUCGAAAAUGCACAAAUACUUUAGCCAGUUAAAACGAUCCUCCAAUGUUUGGAAAAUACGCAAAUUCCAACGUUUAUAUUUUCUGGUCGAACUAAUCUCAUUUUUCCUAUAUAUUAUUUUGGGUGUACUAUUUAUGGCCGCCAUUUGCUUGCCACCCAUCUUGACUCCCAAUGGUACACCCUAUAGGGCAAAAUAUCCUUUUGAAUGGCAAACCUACUCGGAACAUCCCAUACUAUUCACCAGUAUUUACCUAUUUCAAUGUAUUAUGACUCAAUAUGUGCUGCUGGCAAUUGUGGUCAUCGAUAAUAUUGGUUGUCAUAUUUUCACCCAGACUACAUUGAAUUUGCAAAUAUUUUGUAUGCGUAUAAGAGAGUUGGGCUCGCGGUCGGAAGGGGACCAUUUAGAGGAAUUGCAUAAGGCUAUUGAAUUUCAUCAGUACAUUAUUAAUUUAAUAUCGAAAAUUAAUGAUGUUUACUAUUACAACUAUGCUGCUCAAAUGGCCGCCAGCACUUUUAUGAUUUGUUUGACCGCCUUUGAGGCUAUGCUGGCUCAGGAUCAACCCAUGCUGGCGAUCAAAUUUCAAAUUUAUAUGUUUUCGGCGUUUGCUCAGUUAUUUUAUUGGUGCUGUACGGGUAACAUGGUUUACUAUAAUUCUCUUGAUGUGGCCGAUGCUGCUUACGAAAUAGAUCGUUGGUACGAACAAUCCAAGGAAUUUAAAUAUUGUUUAAGAUUUCUGAUAUUACGAGCUCAAAGUCCAUUGGUUUUUCGGCCGAAGCCAUUUUUUUGCUUCAAUUUUGAAUCAUUUUCCAGCAUUCUUAGUACGUCAUAUUCCUAUUUUGCUCUUCUUAGAACGAUGAAUGAUUAA